AUGGCCCUUUUGAAUGCGAAUCCAAUCGUUUACGAGCCCACAUUGACCACCAUUCGAGUGGAAACGGAGUCCGAUUACGACGACGAUAUUGUGGAUCCUAUUGAUGCCGAAGAAGUGUAUGAAUUGCUACGCUCCAUUUCCGAUCCGGAACACCCAUUGACGCUUGAGCAACUUAACGUCACCCAACUUCAACACAUUACUGUGGACAAUAAUGAAAACCAUGUGCUUGUGGAAUUCACACCCACUAUUCCUCACUGUUCUAUGGCUACAUUGAUUGGUCUAUGUAUCCGGGUGCGCUUGUUACGUAGCUUGCCAGAGAGAUUCAAGGUGGAUAUCAAAGUACGCAAGGGAACGCAUCAAUCUGAAAACGCCGUCAACAAGCAAUUGAACGACAAGGAACGAGUAGCAGCUGCUUUGGAAAACAAACAUUUGCUUGAAGUUGUCAAUCAAUGCCUGGCUACUGCAGGACGCAGCGAGUAG